GCUGGAGGCAGCGAAGAGGAUGCGUGCGUCUCCGGUGGACUAGAUUGCGUGUUUGGGAAUGUGUUUAACCAGGGUGGAUUUCCUACUCUUGAACAAAUAAUUGUUUCCCAAGAUCACACCUACUGAAUUGAAUGGUUAUGAGUCCCGAGAAUGUUCAUGGAAUUGUUGGAAAUUCUGGAAAAUAUUUUUUUCUGCAACCAUGUUUGAUCGCGAACAGAGAGGAAGAUAGUAUCAGCUUGCUCUAAUUAUAACGCUGUUGCUUUAGGUUACAUAUUCAGUAUAGGCUACUUCUGUCAACUGGAAUACCCAAAGGAACAAGGUGGAAUAGUUUUUCUUCGUCCUAUUUCUAUUCUGCAACCCCACAGAAGCCCUGCUGUAGUAGUAGGCCAAUGUGUUUCAAACAAUGAAACAGAAAUGUAUAAUUUUUUGACAGUCAAAUGUCAUAGUCAAGACGUACUGGACUGAGACGGUAAGUUUAGCUGUGUAUUUUUGUUUGCUUGUAAAAUGCGUUUGUAUAGUAUAUUGACAUUGAUGGGAUGAUCUACAAACAACCACAUUGAACGUUUGAGGAUAUGAAUGGUUUCACCAAAUUCAGUUAUUACCAGCAGUUGUUGUUAUCAUAUUCAUUUUAAAAAUAAACGAAGAAAUAUUUAUAUUAUCCAGAAAAUGUAUGUAAAUGCUUUGCUGACUUUGUUGUUAGCCUCUGGAUUUUUGUUGAUUUAGAUUCCGCUGGACUUUUUCUUUACUGCCAAGGACGUUGGAAUUAGUCAACCUGCCCUCAGGGCAAUUAAUACGAUUUGGUGAGUGAGAUUGCCUAGCAGUAGCAGCGAUGUCUCGACUGUACUACAGGAGGACAGACAACUCCUCCUACAGGGACCGGAUCGCUCUGAGGAUUGUCAGGGCCGAGUCUGAACUGUCUGGCCUGGAGAAGAACUACCUGGGAGCAGUGGAGAAAGGAGACUACGCCUCAGUCAAACAGGCUCUAGAGGAGGCAGAGAUCUACUUCCGGAUCAACAUUAACUGUAUAGACCCGUUGGGCCGCACAGCUCUGCUGAUCGCUAUUGAGAAUGAGAACCUGGAGAUUAUAGAGCUGCUGCUCAGCUAUAACGUUUACAUCGGUGACGCUCUGCUACACGCCAUCCGUAAAGAGGUGGUGGGGGCCGUGGAAUUGCUGCUCAACCACAAGAAGCCCAGCGGGGAGAAACAGGUUCCUCCCAUCCUAUUGGACAAGCAGUUCUCUAACUUUACUCCUGACAUCACACCCAUCAUCCUGGCAGCUCACACCAACAACUAUGAGAUCAUCAAACUGCUGGUGCAGAAGGGGGUGUCCAUGCCCCAGCCACAUGAGGUGCGUUGUAACUGCAUGGAGUGCGUGUCCAGCUCUGAUGUGGAUAGUCUUCGUCACUCCCGCUCUCGUCUCAACAUCUACAAGGCCUUAUCCAGCCCAUCACUCAUAGCCCUCUCCAGUGAAGACCCUUUCCUCACAGCCUUCCAGCUCUCCUGGGAACUACAGGAACUCAGCAAGGUAGAGAAUGAGUUUAAGUCGGAGUAUGAGGAGCUAUCUCAGCAGUGUAAACAGUUUGCCAAGGACCUGUUGGACCAAACCAGGAGCUCCAGAGAACUAGAGCUGAUCCUGAACUACAGAGACGACAUCAACCCUCUACUGGAUGAGAACACCAAUGACCUGGCCAGACUCAAACUGGCUAUCAAAUACACACAGAAAGAGUUUGUAGCCCAGCCCAACUGUCAGCAGCUGCUUGCGUCUCGUUGGUACGAUGAGUUCCCUGGAUGGAGGCGUCGUCACUGGGCAGGGAAGUUCCUAACCUGUGUCUUCAUCGGCCUCCUCUUCCCCCUCUUAUCCCUCUGCUACCUGGUCUCUCCUAAGAGCCGCUAUGGACACUUCAUCAGGCAACCCUUCAUCAAGUUUAUCUGCCACACAACGUCCUAUCUCACCUUCCUGUUCCUGCUACUGCUGGCCUCCCAGCACAUCGUCUCUACAGACCCCAACAGACAGGGGCCGCCUCCUACUGUUGUGGAAUGGAUGAUACUACCAUGGGUACUGGGCUUCAUCUGGACAGAGAUUAAACAGAUGUGGGAUGGAGGGUUCCAGGACUAUAUCCAUGACUGGUGGAACCUCAUGGACUUCGUUAUGAACUCUCUCUACCUGGCUACCAUCUCUUUAAAGUUCGUUGCCUAUGUCAAGUACAGUGGCUUCAUGGCCAGGAACGAAUGGCAGAUGUGGCAUCCUACCCUGGUAGCAGAGGCUGUGUUUGCCAUCGCUAACAUCUUCAGCUCCAUCCGCCUCAUCUCUCUGUUUACAGCUAACUCCCACCUGGGACCUCUACAGAUCUCUCUGGGCAGGAUGCUGCUGGACAUCCUUAAGUUCCUGUUUAUCUACUGCCUGGUGCUCCUGGCCUUCGCUAACGGGCUCAACCAGCUCUACUUCUACUACGAGACAGACGAGGGACUGAAGGGAUGCAAGGGCAUCCGCUGCGCAACACAGAACAACGCUUUCUCAACGUUGUUUGAGACGCUCCAGUCGUUGUUCUGGUCUAUCUUUGGGUUGAUCAGUCUGUAUGUGACCAACGUGGAGGCAGACCAUCAGUUCACAGAGUUUGUAGGGGCCACCAUGUUCGGAACCUAUAACGUCAUCUCUCUGGUGGUUCUACUCAACAUGCUGAUCGCCAUGAUGAACAACUCCUACCAACACAUCGCUGAUCAUGCAGACAUUGAGUGGAAGUUUGCAAGAACCAAGUUGUGGAUGAGUUACUUUGAAGAGGGGGGGACUCUGCCUUCUCCAUUCAACAUCAUCCCUAGCCCCAAGUCAAUCUGGUACUUCAUCUGCUGGAUCAGGAAACACAUCUUCAAGAUCACCAGGGCCAAGAAAACAGAAACAUUUGGAACCAUAGGGAGACGGGCUGCUAUAAACGUAAGAAUAAACCACCAGUAUCAGGAGGUUUUGAGGAACCUGGUGAAGAGAUAUGUAGCAGCCAUGAUCAGAGAUGCCAAGACAGAGGAAGGACUGACUGAGGAGAACUUUAAGGAGCUGAAGCAGGACAUCUCCAGCUUUAGGUAUGAGGUCCUGGGGAUGAUGAAGGGGAAGGUGGGGCCCGGGGGUGGGGGCGUGGCUCUAGCAGGAAGUAAACCCAGUGAAGAGGCAGGGGCCUCCAUUUUGGUCUACCCUGACCACUCCUUCAAGUACUCCCCCAAGUUCUCCCCAGCCACGCCUAAGACCAACAUGUUUCCCGACACCACAUCCAUACUCCAGCAGAGGGCAGCCCCCUCCUCCACCUCCUCCUCCACAUCCCCUUCCACCUCUCAGGGCUUGAACCGACUGGUCAACGGCUCUGUGGUACCCUCUUGGGCCUCCACUGACACCUCCUCCAACCCCACCUCCUCCACUCCCAUCUCCUCUUCCUCCUCCACUCCCAUCCAUGCCUCCACCAAAGACAUGCUGGCCAGGAAAGACUUUCCCAAAGACAUCUGUGACUUUGGGCUCUACUCUGUGUCUGAGGAGAUGGGAGAGGCUGACCUGGAGGUGCUGGACUGUGAUGGAGAGAAGGAGGAGCAGGGUGGAGCGAGGGAGAGGACGUGUACAGAGAAGGAAGAGAACGAAGGGAGGGGAGAGUGAAGAGAGAGAGUCCAUGUUAAAACAGACUGUUGAGGAUGAGACUGAUACGUAGAAGGACUUAUUUUAAUGUAUCGUUAUGAUGCGUCUUCAUGGAGGCCUGUGUAGUAGCAUGCCUUGCUUCUCCAGAACUAAUUCAGCUCUCAGACUAAUAUAUUCUGGUCUAUAAGACAGAAUGUAUAAGCUGGAAAACAGGAGACAAGAAGUCUGUUUCUUGGUCUGUGUCCCAAAUAGCACCCUAUUCUCUAUAUAGUGCACUGCAUUUGACCAGGGGACAAAAGGGCUCUGGCCAAAAGUUGCGCACUGUGUAGGGAAUAGGGUGUCAUGUGGAACAAGCAGAUAAGACGUCAUUCUCCAACCAGGAUUUCUGGGAAACCUGGGAAUUUGGGGAAAGUUACUGGAGUUUUGCCACCUUAUACUGUACGGGAUAGAACUAUCAGUAUUUUAUUAACAGUCCCUGUCUCUGCUGCUUCCCCCAGUCAGCCCCAUGCUAUUUGCACAACAAUCCUUUGCCAUAAUGUAUAAUGGAAAACGCUAAUGAAUCUUGCAGGUAGAUCUAAAACAAUGUCACACAUUGGCAAAUUAUUCAAAACGAGUUGGAUGAAGCUGUCUAGUCUAUCUCGGGUGUUUCCCAAAAGGCACCUAAUUCCCUAUAUAGUGCACUACUUUUGAUCAGAGCCCUAUGGGGCAACACCUGGAGAAGUAUGCAAGUGUUCGCAGGGCUACUCCUGAUGCUCGCAGGGCUACUCCUGCCCCCUCCAACCAAGCCUUCACGUGCCCUGUCUGCCCCUGCAGCUGGAAAUCCAGGAUUGGGCUCCACUACCACCAGAAGACCAGAAGUAGGGCCUAAAGAACAUUGUUUUUCUAUGCAAGCGAGUAAGCCCUUUAGAUGCAACGUUUUCUUUCAAGUGAAAUCCUACAAGAGAUGCUAUACUGUACAUGUAGGGAGAGUGGGGUAAGUUGAGCCCCCUAGGGAACCAUACACAAAAUUAAUAAUUGGACCAAAUGUUUAGGAAGAGGUAAUUUUAUGGAUUCUGUGAAGGAAGAUACAUGGAAAAAUUUGUGCGCAAAAAUGGAUUUUCACCAAGUCAAAUGAAUUUGUUGUGUUAGAGGUUUCAUGAUGCUUGUAUCUAAAACAAAGUAGAUCAUUUUAAGAUUGUUCUAUACAUCAGUUGAGGUUAUAGGCUGCAAUAUGAAGUCCUAAACCUAGCAUGAAAGUACAUCCUAGUAGCUGUGUUGGCUAAUGUGUCAAAAUGUUUGCCUUGGGGUAAGUUGAGCCAAUGGCCAUGGGGUAAGUUGAGCCAAUGGCAAGUUGAGCAAAUUGAAAUGUUUUCUUCCCAGGCCUAAUGCAAGGCAUUAUUGCUGGGAUAGGAGGUAACAUAUGUUGAAAUGUUAAUAGUGCUUUAAAAUGUACAGUGUUUUUUAGGUGUUAAGCCUGUGUUAAAAGAUGCUUACACUUAUUUAAAGACAAAAAAGUGAUUGUAAUUGUGUUAAAGAUAGACAUGGUUUUAAAAAGUCAGUGGUAAUAUUUCAUUCAGUACAGAAAUGUGAAGGCGGCUUAACUUACCCUGUCCCAUGGUUCAACUUACCCCAUACUCUGAGUAAGUUGUGCCAAGAGACAACUUUUUUUUGGACAAGCUAUGUUUUAAAAUCUGUAAUGUUUACUGGAAUUCUGAUUAUUUCCAGGGAUACACAGCAUCCUGAAAUAUAUGUAGAUAUCUUUGUUAGAAAUAAUACUAUAUUUCCCUUGACGGAGUGAUACUGAAUGUAAAAAAUGGCUCAACUUACCCCACUCUAACCUGAACUUAUCCCACUCUAACCUGAACUUACCCCACUCUCCCCUACACUUACCCCACUCUCCCCUACACUUACCCCACUCUCCCCUACACUUACCCCACUCUAACCUGAACUUACCCCACUCCACCCUUAACUUACCCCACUCCACACUUAACUUACCCCACUCUUCCCUACACUUACCCCACUCUCCCCUACAACUGAAUGUUGACAUGGCUUAGCUUGUGAAAUCCAAUUCCUUAGCAGUUAGCUUUUGUGAGGAAUUCCCCCCGUUCUUACCAUAUGAUGCUAUACUCAGUACUGACAGUAACACUGCACACUAACUCAGCUCCCAGCAUCCCAUUGUUAACCUUAAAGGGGUAAUCUGAGAUUGGUACAUCCAUUUGUGCAUAUUUUGGGUGGCCUUUUAUAGCUCUGUUUAUGAAUUAGAGUUUUUUUUUCUUUAGGCCCAUCCCUCAGCUUUUUAUGAAAACAAGUGGCGGGGUUACCACUUUGUUGUUUUUGGAAUCCCAGAUUUGCCCUUUAAGUUAAUAUACUGGGACUCUCAGCAUCCCAUUGUUAACCUUAAUGACAUAAUACUGCAUUCACAUAUGAAAUAUUGAAAUGUAUUCUGUUAUUCUGAUAUGCAAGUUGGUUAGAUAUGUAUCAUUUCUGAGGGAGUGUUAAUGUUGCCAGUAUUUUUAUUGUAUUUUAUGGCAUUCAUUCAAGCUCCAGAGGGCUAUACAACAUGAAUCAAUAAACAUAAUAUGUUUUUAACAUAAA